AUGGGACGAAGAGAGAAUGCGACUCCAGACAAACCUGCUCCUCUCCGAAACAAUGCUCUAGCAACGGAUAUUGGCGAAAUGUACUCUCUCGUCCUGGGUGGCUUAAACAAAUCUGGGACUCAAUCCGAGAGCAGUUCAACUUUGAAACUUUUGAGUCAGUUGCAACAGGAACCAAAACAAGAGGAAGGUGAAAAAUUCCACCAUGUAUAUAAGAGUGAAUACAUGUCAUACGGAGAUUUUGAGCCUAGACUGCCGUAUCUCAAACAUGAUCAAUCAUCGACGUACCGGGAAUAUGAUCGGUACCCUAUUCACAGUGAUCCCAUGCCGAAUGAGCAGAAAGAAGAAUGCGAGAAUUCAAUGCAGGCAUUGGAUCUGCUGGCGGGCUCAAGUUCCAAUUCUGAAACGGUGCGUGCUCAAUUAGGAAAUGUACAACAAUUUGAGAAAGUGGCUACACGAAACCUAUUAGCAUUGGAAGAUUCAAAACAACAGAUGCCCUCAUUGCUACAACCUCCGAAACCACUACUGACUUCUAAAAACUUUGCUGGCCAUAGUGGCUCUGAGGAUCCGGUGUCGCGAGUUAAUAUUGCACAGAACAUAAAAGAUAUUUUGGCAAACAUUUCAAACCUCGGGGCUAUAAAUAAUGAUGGAGUACCAAAUGCAGCAACAACCAUUGAUUCUACGGGGAAUAAUUCAGGUGACGGGGAUGGAGAUGUACUGAUGGCUACUUUAAACGAUGACAGAUCAGAUCAUCGUACCACGAAUUUAUUAGAGAAUAAAUCGAUCGACGGGAAAUUACCAACGCAUGAUCAACAUCCUUUGAAAGAGCCAGAGGCUAUGCUGCGUGAUCAAGGUACAAGAGCUCCCCCACUCAUGCCAGCAGAAAGCACUCAAAAAUUGUCUGAAGGCAAUGGCUCUAUUGACACCGUGUCACACGCAUUAUCUGCUGGUCCAGUACAUCCAGAUAAUGACCAUUUUUCCUUGGAAACCUCACAAAAAACUACAAAGAGUGCACACCAUCCGAAUUCAAAUGAAAGACAUACUGAAGUACCUGCUGAGCAAAAGAGCCCUCAUGGCAGCUAUGCAACAAAGUCAAAUCAUACCUCGCGUGACAAUAGUAGUGGGAAAGCUUUUAGCUUUGUAGUUCCGAACAGGGGUGAAGGACUUGUACGUUUCAAUUCAGCCAAAUUGAAAGAACAUCUCACAGAUCUGUAUCAACCAAUUUCGCCUUUCGAGCCAAACUCUACCAUCAAACAUAAUCAUAACCUAACAAGCUCGAAUGCAUCUGCUAAAAUAAAGUCAAGCAAGGAGCAAUUACAAAAGUAUCUGCGUUUUGGCAAACAAGAUUUGUCCAAAGGUGAGAGUUGGAUAUCUCAAACGGAUGCUGGUAAAUACACCAAGACUGAUUCCCAACCCGAGAGACACUCACAAAGACCAAGCAGGCCACGUCUGUCCCUGGUAAAGGACAGCAGCAAAGGAGUCAAUACUUAUGGGUCCAAUUCUUGGGUUCGUGAAGGGUAUGAACCCCCUACUAAGAAACACAAGGUCGAACCUGGGAUCACACAGCAUGAUUCUUGUAGGCCUAGUACCUAUUCCAAAUUUAAACAUAUAGCACUGCAGCUCAAACCAAGCAAAAGUAACAAGCAGUUCAUUAGAGAUCCGGUCAACACUUUCAAAGUAUUUGGUAAACCUAAUUUUCAAAUGGUCCCAUACACUAGCGAUCAAGUUGAGAAGCUACUAAGUGAAAGUCUUUCCCAUCCAGAAUUGAAAGUUGCAUACUUUGUCCAAAAAUCUCAAGACUUGGUUCACAAAGCGCACGAGUCAAAAGUUGUUGAUAAGUCGAUGCAAAGUGUUUUCAAUUAUCAAAAAUUCAUCAAAGGUGCAAUCAAGUGUUUGAUGUUGGUUGUUAAAAACUACACAAGAGACUUGAAUCCUCAGCAACUAGUAUCGAUAUAUUACAAGAUUGCUAAAUUGUACCUCAACGAGACGGAGAGCCUUGACUUGGCGGAAGCGUAUGCAAUCAAAGCUCUGAAUGUGUGUCGAGACCAUUCUUUCACUGAGUUUCAAUUCUUUUGUGAUUUGUUGAUGAUUGAAAUCUAUGAAAAAUUUGACAUUACAACGGUUGUUGGAUUUGCACAGAGAAGAGUGGGCUUUUAUGAAGAGUCAGGAUUCCAUGCAUUAGCAACAUGCUUGCAAUUAGCGAGAAUCAAGUAUUUGUUGGUAUCAGACGUGUCUCUUGCAUUGGUUAAUAUGCAGCGAUUACUCAAGGACCCCAAGUUACAUCCAAGUAUCAAGCAAAUUACUGUUGUUUACUUGGCAGGCUUGCACAACUACCGUGGAGAUCAUGCGGCUGUUGUGGAAUUACUUCGAGGGUUCGACAUGAAGGUCACCCAACCAUUUGCUGCCUAUGUUUUAAUGACUAAACUACUAGCAAAUGUGUGUUUGAAUAACACCCCUGAAUCCAAAUUUUUGCUCAAGGAGCUAAUGCAUAUUUUGCAGGAAGGUGAGAAAUUUAACUGGGGGGAAUGGCUGAUCAAUGGGGAUAUCAAGUUUCAUAUAAAAGGUGAACUAGACGUGGAGUUUGACUUUGUUGUUUCGUGGUUGCCUGUUGUUGACUUCAAAAUUAUGUUGUAUUUCUUGAGUGGAAUUGCCUAUUUACAUUCUGUUGGAGAUAAGUCCAAAGUUUGUUUCGAAAAGGCUUAUUCGCUCAUUGUAAAUACACAACUGGAUCUCAAAUCGAAUCGAAAUUUGGCAACAUACUUCACAGCCAAUGAUUCAAGGCAACGUGAGUUGAGGUUGCGGUAUAUUGGGUAUUUGGUACAGUUUUAUCAACAAUGGCAAUUCUUUGUCAAUGACGAUGCCAAGAUUGUGUUUUUGAAUGAUUUUAUGAAUGCAAACAACAAGCUGUUUACGAGAGAGGAGUAUGCGAUGUUCAAACCAAUGUAUCCGUACAUCAACUACAUGUUUGCAUUGUAUUACCACGGCCGAGGUGAUAUUCAAGCUGCCAAGUUCUACUACUUGAAAGUGAAGAACAUGACAAGUACUUUACUCGAGAAUGACCCUUCUACUUCAUUACAACAGAUGAACAGUCGUCUUGGGGGGGAUACCGUUUGUCCAAAAGGUUAUUUCAAUGAAUUGCAUGUUUAUUCAACAUUCCAUUUGAUCAUUUUGUUAGAUUACGAAGUCAAUGAGAUUAUGCUGAAGAAGGAAACUGAUGAGUCCCAAUUGGCAGUGGGGAAAUUCACAGCGAUUAGAAACACUCUUUUUGAUGAAUUUUCAACUGGUAUCAAACAGCCACCAAAACACGCCGACUCUUUCCAAUACAAUUUUGUCAUUCACAACAAGCUUUUACGCACGACAUUGGAGAUCACUAUAACUUUUCUUCAAGAUAUCAGUCCCCAUUUGACCAUUAAAGAUCUCAGACUGAUGUUGGUGAAACUUGGCGACAAGACCACUUUUUAUUUUGUUUCGUUUAUUGUGACGUAUUUUUUGAUUAAGACUUCAGGAACGAGUGAGAAAACUCGGUUGAUUGAGCUGUGCUUCACUGUGUUGCCCAAGUCGAGAACAGAAACAGUUGAGACGUCCCUGGGUAAUAAAGAUCAAGUUUCCAUUUCCGAAUCAGCGGAUUCGUGUCGAGUUCUCUUGUUGCGUGAAUUGAUUGAGGUACAUCAAAGCACUGGGUUGCAUAACCAAGUGAAUAUGGAGAAGGCUCAAUUGGAGAGAUUGUACAAGUUAUUGGCGCAUAGGUAUACCACGUUGGAAAAAAAUGUCAUUUGCGAUCCAACUUUCAAGAUCUUGUCACAAGUGAAAUCGGAGAAUGAAGAUGCAGAGAUGAAGGAUGCUUGA